AUGAUAUCUUCAUAUCUCCUUGUCGGCUUCAUUUAUUUCAAAUGGAGUGAGUACUUUGUUUGUUCUUUCUUUCUUUCUUUCUUUCUUUCUUUCUUUCUUUCUUUCUUUCUUCAGCAAUUUGAACUGUUUCAUUCUCUAUCUCCAGUUGUCUAUAUCUAUAUUUGUUAUCUAUCUAUCUAUCUAUCUAUCUAUCUGAAUAUUCAUAUCUAUCUAUCUAUCUAUCUAUCUAAAAUUGUUUACCUUCUAUCCAUCUAUCUAUCUAUCUAUCUAUCUAUCUAUCUAUCUAUCUAUCUAUCUAAAAUUGUUUACCUUCUAUCCAUUAAAGGUUGUUCAGCAUAUAUCUAUCUAUGUACCUAUCUAUAUGAUUGUUCAAUAUCUAUCUAUCUAUCUAUCUAUCUAUCUAUCUAUCUAUCUAUCUGGCUGGCUGGCUGGUUGUCUUUCUAUCUAUCUGUCUGUCUAUCUAUCUAUCUGUCUUAUCUAUCUAUCUAUCUAUCUAUCUAUCUAUUUGAUAUAUUUUGUAAUAAUUUAGCUUUAUCUAUACAUACACAUUUUCUACUUUUCCUCAUUACGGCUCCCUUAUAUUUGUUUUCAUGUCUUUCUUUCUUUUUUCUUUUUUCUUUCUUUCUUUCGAUUUUUUCUUCUUUCUGUCUGUCUUUUUGUCUUUCAUUAUUCUACUUUUCUUUCUUUUAUUUCAUCUUUAUUUCUUUCUUUCAAUCUUCCAUCAUUCUACUUUUCUUUCUUUAUUUCUUUCUUUCUUUCUUUCUUUCUUUCUUUCUUUCUUUCUUUCUUUCAAUCUUCCAUCAUUCUACUGUUCUUUAUUUCUUUCUUUCUUUCUUUCUUUCAAUCGUCCAUCAUUCUACUUUUCUUUCUUUCUUUCUUUCUUUUUUUCUUUCUUUCAAUCUUUUCUUUCGUUCUUUUCAAUCUUCCAUCAUUCUACAUUUCUUUCUUUUUUUUCCUUCUUUUCUUUUUUUAAUCUUUCUUUCUUUUCUUUCUUUCUUUCAAUCGUCCAUCAUUCUACUUUUCUUUCUUUAUUUCUUUCUUUCAAUCGUCCAUCAUUCUACAUUUCUUUAUUUAUUUCCUUCUUUCUUUCCUUCUUUCUUUCUUUUAAUCUUCCAUCAUUCUACAUUUCUUUCUUUCUUUCUUUCUUUCAAUCUUCCAUCAUUCUACUUUUCUUUCUUUCUUUCUUUCUUUUUUUCUUUCUUUCUUUCUUUCUUUCUUUCAAUCUUCCAUCAUUCUACUUUUCUUUAUUUAUUUCCUUCUUUCUUUCUUUCUUUUAAUUUUCCAUCAUUCUACAUUUCUUUCUUUCUUUCUUUCUUUCUUUCUUUCUUCCAUCAUUCUACAUUUCUUUCUUUAUUUCUUUUUUUUUCUUUUUAA